AUGCUGUACUACACUGCCUCUAUCCUCGUGGGUACCUUGGGACUCUCUUAUGCUGCUGUCCCACUCUACCGCAUGUUCUGUUCAGCCACGGGAUUAGGAGGAGCGCCCAUGGUUGGCGAGACCAAGUUUGCACCCGAGCGUCUUGUCCCCCGUGAGAACCAUCGUCGCAUCAAAGUCAAGUUCAAUGCCGAUACCUCGACUUCUCUGCAGUGGUCGUUCCAGCCUCAACAGCGCCAGGUCUCUGUACUGCCAGGAGAGACCGCAUUGGCGUUCUAUACUGCCAGGAACAAGUCCAGCGAUGAUGUGAUCGGUAUUGCAACGUACAAUGUGACUCCAUCCAAGGUCGCGCCGCAUUUCAACAAGAUUCAGUGCUUCUGUUUCGAGGAGCAAAAGUUGAUGGCUGGUGAGCAGGUCGAUAUGCCUAUCUUUUUCUUUCUGGACCCGGAGUUCGCGAAUGAUCCAGAUAUGGCAGAUGUGGACACGGUGGUGCUGAGUUACACGUUCUUUAAGGCCAGAGGAAUGCCAUUUGAGAAGCAGCCGGGCUUGGCGGAGCAGCACCAGCAGAGGCAGGAGUAG